AAUACUGAAAUCAAGUUUUUGCUGCCGAACACCAUGUCGAAGCUGCAGCCAUUGGACCAGGGCAUUAUUCGCACUUUCAAGUCCAUCUAUAAGCGUCGGCUGAUCGAAAUUUUGCUUGUGAAGCUCCGGAUGGGUCAAGAACUAAAGAUAGACCUUUUGGGUGCCAUUCAAAUGCUGAAAGCCUCUUGGGACAAUGUCAAGCAAUCGACCAUAGUUAACUGCUUUCGGCAUGCGAGUUUCGUCGGCAGCACUGAAGAAGCUUCCGAGGAAGCAACUGAAAUGGCAGGAUUGAACGAUAUGGAGGAAGAAUGCCAGCUUGAAGAAACUUGGAGCACAUUGGAGCACUUUGUCGGUGCUGAGCCACAAAGCAUGUGCAUUGAAGACUUCAUUUGCAGUGAUGACAGCACCAGAACAACAGCGAAGUUGAUGGACGUGGAGAUCGCAGCGAAAGUUGCUGCUGAGCAGCCAAACGAAGACGCUGCCGAGGUUGAUUCCGCAAGCGCCUAUGUUGCCCCGCUCCCGACUUCAACUGAGGCUGUUGCUGCGUUGGCCCCUGUAAGUCGCUACUGUGGCGCAAUAGAAGGCACCGGCCUAUCGCUUGUGGAUUGCUUAGACUACGCGUAUGCAGAGGACGCCGUGGUUAAGCAAACGGUUGCCAAUAAGAAGCAGGCUACACUGUUGCAGUACAUUCAGCCAAAUGAAUAAAUAAUUUGUUUGAAGCUGCAAGUGAUCGAUUAUUUACUGCGCUACUAUUGGUUCAUUGAUUGACUUGUACAAGUUCUGGAUG